AUGGACACCUCGACUACCAGGAUCGUUCUUGUUGUACCCAAACAGGAUGUCAAGAAUGUAAAGUCUGCCCUCGAGCGGGCCGGACAGUUAGAUCGGAGCAGCAAGAUCAUCCCUGAGUUGGAUGACAAGAGAACACCAGAAGCUGUCGCAAAUUCGGCUGGUCCGAGACAAGGUGCUGAUCCAUCGAGGUCAUCUAUACCAGAAGCAGACACUGCGGCAUCACCAGCAGGAGCCUCGCAGGCACCCUCGAACCUUGCACAGCAGUCACGCUUUCCGAGGCUCCACUUCGACGCGACCAGCGGCGAAUAUGUCGACCAGUCAUUGUUGGAAGAUAGAGCUCAGCGCGAAAACCGAAGCAUUGAGAACGAGACUUCGAGCCUGGCGGCCGAGGUGCCUAGUGAUCGCGACAGUCGUAUUAGGUUUCCCAUCCUGCAGUUCGAUGUGGCUAGAGGAGAAUAUGUCGAGCCUUCUGCCGCGAAUGCGGAAGCCAAUAAUGCUAUAGAGCAUGACCAAAUGCGCAUGCGUAUCCCCACGACCAUCCCUUUCCCUGCGCAAAUGAACGACCCGAACGACAUCCUCGAUACGGAGGCUUUGAAGUCCAAGAUAACAGAAGAUCUCGCACUGGGCGAACUUUCCAAAGACGUAUCCAUCUCACAUCACGUCCCGAGCACUGCAGCAUCCCCGCAUAAUGCUCACCAGAGCCCGGUUCAUAAGGCUUUAGGAACCGCCCUCACCUUACUUCUGGAUCUUGCAUCUGUAUCGCACACCCUCACGGUCGAAGCACUUGUCACAGCUUUCCCGGAUGGAUAUUCAGUAUACAAGCCCAUGCUUCUCCUUCCGCACAACUCAUUAUCCUCCGAGCCAUGGCGGACUCUUAUCACCACUUAUCCAUUGGACUCAGAGGAAAUGAAAGCAGUAUGGCAGGAUAUGGCGAUAUCAGUGGGCGCAACGCACGUCGCCAUCAACGCGCCUAUACCGAUAUCCACAUCUUCAACAUCAGCAUCACCAUCCACCACGACAGGCGAAGAGAACAUACUGCGUAGCCCAACCAAUCUCACACCUCUAUACGGCAACUUCGGCCCUGCACCGACACCGCAAACCAUCACCUCACCAUCAGCAACAGACUUUGCCGACGCCCUCUGGGUGACUGCGCGCCAAAACGGUAUCUGGCAAACCUGGGCGCCGCUCUAUACGAUGUUCAGUCGUGGCAAUGUCAACGAGAAAGCAAGGAUAAUGAAUCUCCCUUCGGUCAAUGAUCUGGAUGUUGCGUCAACAGCCGUCGAUCUUUACGCUGGGAUCGGCUACUUCGCGUUUUCUUACAAGAAGAGUGGAGAUAGACGGAAUACAGGUAUCAAGCAAGUUGUAUGUUGGGAGAUAAAUCCAUGGAGUGUUGAAGGACUACGCAGAGGUGCUGAGAUGAAUGGGUGGACGUGCAGAGUCCUCAAGGAUACAGACAUAGCGCGACUGCGUGAAAGUCUCUCAGUGGACGAUUCCUACUUCCAGCAAGCGGAUCUUCUCGUCUUUCAGACAAGCAACGAGAGUGCUGAAGCGGACUAUGCGUUACUUCCAUCGCCUAAGCCACCUGUUCGACACGUCAAUCUAGGCUUGCUGCCUUCCUCCAAGCUGUCAUGGGGUAAUGCGGUUGCAAUGCUUGACAAGCAGCUUGGGGGAUGGAUUCAUGUGCAUGAGAACGUGGGCGUCGUCGAUGUCGAAACAAGGCGAAAGGUUGUAGAAGAGGAAUUCCAGAGUCUGGCGGACAAGAGGGACGCCGCAACGAGAAGGAAGGUUCUGGUGGAACAUGUGGAGAAAGUGAAGAUGUACGCACCUGGAGUUGUGCACUGUGUUUUUGAUGUUGUUAUUGGAGGCGAUAUUUGA